UAUUCUUCAUUCUGUGGUUAAUUGUGCUAAAAACAACUUGUUAAUUUAAUUAGCUUUAUUUUUCAUUAAAUUUAUUUGCUGAAACACCAAGAAAACCUAACAAUGGCUACGCUGGAAGAUAAAUUAAUGGGUGAAAAGCUGGAAUACUACUGUAGUAGUGAUGAGGGCGAGCCAGAAGAUUGUGAUGACGGCCAGGAAGGUUCCAGCAAGGGAGCUGGAUGCAAACAGGGACCUCAGGGUUUUGUAGAUCCAGAUGUAUGUCCUCCACCACCAACUGGGGGUUAUCGUAAUCAGGGCUCCACAAAUACUGGUCCCAAAGGUGUAGUUGAAGACUGGCAAAGAUUUAAGAAACUGCAGGCAGAGAAACGGGAAGAAAGUGAGAAGCAACGCAUAGAAAUGGCAAAAAAGUUGUCCAUGACUACGGCUACAGCCAGAGAAGAAGAAGAACGCAAGAAACAAGAAGAAUUAGAUGACGAACUGGCCGAAUUAAUGUCCGAAGACUUUUUGCAACAAUUUCAAAAACAAAGAAUGGCCGAAAUGUUGCGUCAAUGUGGCCACAGCCAGCAAUUUGGCAAGGUAUUUGGUCUCACCUCACACGAGGAAUUUCUCAACUGUGUGGAAAAAGAAAAUAAACACACUACGGUUAUAAUACACAUCUAUGAUCGUAAUGUGGCCGCCUGUGCCACUUUAAACAAAUGCUUGGAAUCGUUGGCCAGCGAAUAUCCCACUGUUAAAUUCGCUAAAAUCUGUAGUUCAGUGGCCGGCAUGAGCAGAGAUUUUCGCACUAAAGGCCUGCCCGCUCUAUUGGUAUAUAAGGCUCAAGCUGUUAUAGGAAAUUUUGUUAGAGUAACUGAUGAUUUAUCCGAUGAUUUCUUUCCAUCUGAUGUGGAAAGUUUUCUUAUUGAAAAUGGCAUAUUGGUAGAUAAAAAUCUCUACAAUUAAGUAUGUAUGAAAGGAUCUCUCAAAACCAAUCAAAUCUAAACAAAGAAACAUAUAAUAAUGGACUAUAUUACUUAAACCACAAAAGAUAAAUACUAUUGUGUUCACUUUUGAAAUCAACUAACUAAUCAUUAUAGCCCUCCUGCAGUAAAUGUAACACACUCUCACUAAUUCUCCCUAGCUGUCGCUAAACUCUGUCAUAAUACGUAUUUUCCUAAUUUAACUCAGCUAACAAAACACUACACAAAUUUGAAGUACAUAUAUAAAAGAAAUAUGAAAAUAGUAUUAACAUUUAGCAUUUUAAGAAUUUUAGGGAAUUAUCGUAUAAUAUUUGCUACAAAAUAUUUUACAUUUGCAUACUUGAGUUUUAAAAGUGUGCCAUUUGGGUCACAUGGUCGGUCUUUUAGUGUGUCUGGAAUCUCUUAAGACUAACAAAAUGACCCAAAAAAUAAACUACACAAUAUUUUGCAAAUUAUAUAGUUAGUACGUCUUUUAAAUGUAGAACAUAUUAAUUUUAGAUUAUGUUUUGCUUUAAACAAAUUUAAAUUAUUUAAAAAUGUAUAUUUUUUAAUGCAUGUCGAACGCAUUUUAUAUUGUAAUAAAUAUUUAUUUUAAUAAACUAAUUAAUAUUUUCAAAUCCCCCAAUCCCCAACUAAAA